UCUGUCUGAAAUGGUCUCUCUCGGCGACGACAAUGGCGGUAACAACGACCCGAUUAAACCAGAUUCUCCUUUCGUUACGUCCGAUCAGCCUUUCGAUACCUCCGAUGGCGAGACUCAGCUCUUCGACAGCCAGAGUUGGAGCCCGGAAUAUAUCGGUGGAGGAAUGGAGGAAGUUGGGCACGGGGAUGACUUGUUGCAAAGUACCAUGCUUCUUGAUGAUACUGAGAUGGUUGAAGAUGCAUUUGAAACCCAAAUGGUAGAUCUCGCGGGUGAAACCCAAGUCACAGAUUUCGGAGGAGAAACCCAAGAGGCGGAUAUUUGCGGCGAAACUCAAGUAUUAGAUGAUGAUAAUUGCUUUGAGCAUAUGGAAACCCAGUUAUUAGAUGACUAUGGAAAUGAAGAUGUUAGUGACAGUGACGGUGAAGGGAGUGACGCCACUGAAGUUUUGGGUGAUAAAGAUGACCUAACUGAUGAUUUCUUAGUAGGAGAAGGUGAAUGUCAUUCAGUGGACAAGAAGAAGGGUCAAUUUUUUCUUGUUUGCAACAACGACUUGAAGUUGAUCGAGCAACCCAAUGGUGCAAGUCAUCAGCAGAACAAUGGAGGGUUUCAUGUUCCUAUUGCAACACCCGUGCCUCAAUCUUUUGUCACUGCAAAAUCUGGUGCAUGCUCUUCUACUUCCUAA